CCUUGGAGGGCGUUAGGUCAUACGCUCAGAGGGGGGCUACGGUUGAGUGGGGGACCCUUUUUUGAAAUGCCGUGGGUGGAUGGCGCGCAUGAAUUUCUAGAGAGAAAAAAACAAUAUGGAGGGUGAGCCAAUAGCGUCUCUGAAACCUAGCAUGGCAGGCGUGUGCAUUGCUGCUGCUGUUCUUUUUUGUUAUUGUCGGAAAUUAAACUGAUCCAAGUGAGAUCCUAUGGACCAAUCAGCAUGACGCAUCCUGCCAUCUCCAUAUUUUCUAAAAGAACGAAAAAAACCAUGUGGGUUCUUUUUAGGUCCAUUUAUUUUAUUCCCUUUCCCUCAUUCCCUUCCUCAUCUUACAGCACACACCUCUUCUAUUUCUCUAUACCAGCUUCAACCAAAAAAAAAAACUAAAAGAUGAAAUUUCUUGAAGUCGAUUCGUUGGAUAAAAUAAAUACGGCGUUUGUUUGGGAGACGUCAGAAUGUAUAUUAACAGGAAGAGUGGAAGCUUAUUCUUGUAAAUCGGCUGGCACAGACAAAAAGUUGUUCCGAACACUUGAAAACCGAUACAAUGGCCAUCCUAUGGAUACAGCCUUAUUCACACCUGCCAAUGCACUGGAAAUGACGGCAUCGGCGGCGGAGGCGGCGGCGGCGAGUACCACCACCUCCGCUCUUGCCACGUCGUCGUCUACGGCUGCCUCUCCUCCUGAAGCCGAGGACCAUUUCAUGACACAUCAAAAUGUGAUAUCGCCUUUUGGUCGUUUAACAGAAAGCGCACCGAGAAAAACAUUCUUUUAUUUAUUGGCCACACUGAACGCUGCUUUUCCUGAUAAUGAUUUCGAGGAUGUCAGGCCUGACCAAUUCAUAAAGCUGCCUUCGGUCGAGAUGGUCAUCAAUUCAGUCAAUACAACACUGUUCAACUUGGGAAAUGAUGUGAUUGUCAAUAAAUACAGACUUUGGGACGUCCUGGAUGAGAUUGUUCAACUGGGUGAAUGCGAUGUCUAUACGUACAAUUCAGAUGUGGACGACGAUCCUCUGAACGAAGAAGAUGGAUAUCUGUGGUCUAUGAAUUAUUUCUUUUUCAACAGGAAACUGAAACGAAUGGUGUUUUUCUCCUGUAAAAGUGAAAGUAGACGUUAUGAUGAGCUUUCCAUGGAAGACAUGGAGUAAAAGGACUUUCCUUUUUUUUUCGGUUUUUUCAUCCAUUCCGUCCCUUUUUUCGAGCAACACCGUAAAAAAAAAACCAUCAUCACUAUGACGAACAGCAUUCAUCACUUUUCUUUAUAUAUAUAUAUCUCUUCAUUGCACACCUUUCCGCUCUUUUCUACUUUUAUUCUAUGUGUCAUCUUAUACUCCCACACGUAAUUCGUCAAGAUAAUUAUUAUCUCAAGUUGACUUCAAUGUUAUAGUUAA